AUGUCUAUCAGAGCGGUUAGGGAACCGGCCAACGCCAAAGUUGACCCAGCCCAUCCCAUUCUAAAUCAACGUACUUACCCAAAAACACCCGAUAGUAUUGUGUUUGUCCAUGGCUUGCACGGCGACCAAGCACCGUGGACAUCCGAGGCGGAUGUCUUCUGGCCUGAAAAGCUCCUCCCGGGUAAAAUCUCCGACGCAUGUAUCCUGUCGUUCGAGUAUGAAGCGGCUAUUGGUCCUUUUUUUGACGAGGACGACGAAAUCACCGACAUUUCCAACGACCUGAUCAACGAGCUGAUGGACCAUCGAACUGAGAAAGAAAAGCUGGUUGACGAAGCAAAACAGGAAGAAAGACCGAUUAUUUUCGUUGCACAUUGUCUCGGUGGCGUUGUUUUAGAGAAUGCCCUAGUCCGAGCCGCCGAACAUCCCAGGAAAAGAGAGCUCAUUGGCUAUAUCCACGGUAUAUUACUACUAGGAACCCCUCAUUUCCAGCCGGGAUCGCUAGCAGCAGCCACAAACUAUCUCCAAGUCGCUCAGGCGGAGAUCCCCAGCGAGUCGGACCUGAAAGACCGGUUAAAUCGCCUCAGCGGCAUUCCCCAGCGGUUUGCCGAGCUCAAGCAAGCAGGGGCUGAGUUCGAGGUGGAAGGUUUCUAUGCCGGAGCCGGCACCAAGCUGGGCGGUACCGGCAAGGACGUGAAGAUCGUUGAUGAGGCGUUGGCCCGAGGCCCCGAUGCUCCUCCUCCUGAGCGCCUGGCGCGCAAUCAGCUACGGCUGAGCCAGUACGACGGCGAGGAUGACAAGGAUUUCAAGAAGGUGUUUCGGGUUCUUACCCAGUGGGCGUCCAAGAUUGUUCUUCCGGAGGAGGAUAAGGGGGCCGCCAAUGUGUCGAAUGCGACGUUUUCGGGUUCUCAUAAUUCUGGUUUGCAGCUGGGGCAGAAUGUAGGAACUCUGAAGGGGUUCAGUUUCGGAAGAGGUUAG